CCUGCGACAUUUGGCUAUUUCGUAGCCAUUCAAUAAGGCGAGAAACUUGACAAGUAAUUCUGUGGGUACAGAUUCCAUUGCUGGCCUGGCGUCCCCACUUGAGUUCAAGGCUUUAUUCUCGCCGCUGUGUACAAACAAUAUCUGACAGUGGUAGUGAAAGUCCCCAACGAUGAGCGGUGUGGUCUUGAGGAAAGUGCCAUGUGCUCGAGGCAGGCUUGAGGCAAGUUGCACGAGCCGCCCAAAACGGUCACUCCGCUUCGUGCGGCUUCACCUUGAACUUCCAGUCUUUCCUGCUAUUCGUUGUCUAUUGCUCUCCAUCAUAUGAAAGGAGGCCAUGGAACUCAACACCAACCUAGCUGUCUCUCAAACAGCUCAUGAUCUCUCUACCUUACGCAUCUCGGACAAUGUUUCGACCGAGCACAAUUCUAACGUUCCUAAUGACUUGAAUCCUUGGCAGGAACCUCCUAGCAACCUCUCUGACGGAUCUGUCGUGGAGAAACCUCUGUCAUUCUCCAAGGAUGAACUGCUGCCGGAAGAACGGCCAAGCUUUGGACCGACGAAUUCCAAGGCUGAGUCAGAUGAGAACGAGGGGAUGGAUGACGAAGAGCGAAAGCUACAAAUCCUAGAAGAAUUCGAUCCUCUUGCAAAUCACGAGGAGAAGGCCGCACGAGAGGCAUGGGAGACUACUGAACCUCAUCCACAACCUCCAAGUAAAGAUACCCUGCCUGAGUCGUCAUCUGCGGCCACACUACCAGAGUCACCAUCUACGCCUCAACAACCGACCACAAAUACGCAGACAUUACCGUUACCACCACGACCUUCGUCCCCCAUACCCACCUUUCCAUCUCUUGCCGCACUUGCACGUACGUUCUCGAUACCCCUAGGUCCUCGUACACGACCAAGGUCACUAGACAGCGCAGCAGCAGUCCCCUCUCCCGCCACACUCUCAUCUUUCGCUUCACAACAAAAUGUACCACGAACUAGUACACCACCUGUUAAUGGCUCUUCUAGUACACCUACGCGAUCGUCAAGUCGGAGCGGUGGAAGUCAAGAUCAGAAUGGGGAGAAUCCGACAUUUGAUUUUCAGAAGUUCUUGGACCAGAUGAAGCAUAAGAAUGCUGAACCCGUAGCCAAGUAUCUCCGCUCGUAUCUUUCUUGGCAAUUUCGCAAAGAGGACAUUCACUGUGAAUGACCAGAUGAAACUGAUCAAUGACUUCCUCAACUUUAUUUCUGUUCGUAUGCGCGAAUGUGAAGUUUGGCGGAAUGCUUCGGAUGCCGAAUUUGACAAUGCAAUGGAAGGAAUGGAGAAACUGGUUAUGAACAGACUUUACGACUUCACCUUUACGCCACAACUCGUUCGAAUGACACCUCCUCGACCGGUCACCACAGACGAUCUGGAACGAGAUCGCGUUCUAUCACAACGAAUAGCUCUAUUUACUUGGGUAGAGCCCCAACAUCUUGACAUACCGGAUGGCGACGGUAGCGAGGGUUUCAUCAUGUUUGCACAACAAGAGCUACUGAAGAUCAAUCAUUAUAAAGCCCCACGCGACAAACUCAUCUGUAUCCUGAACUGUUGCAAGGUCAUCUUCGGGCUGAUACGACAUUUGAGGAAGGAGGAAGGAGCAGAUACGUUUGUUCCUAUAUUGAUCUAUGUCGUCCUGAAGGCAAACCCGGAAAAUUUGCUCUCGAAUGUCGAGUUCAUCAACCGGUUCCGGAAUCCUGCUAAACUUCAAAGCGAGGCCGGAUACUAUUUAUCCAGUCUAAUGGGAGGUGUAUCAUUCGUCGAGACGAUGGAUCAUACCUCUCUAUCCAACAUCACUCAGGAAGAAUUCGAAAGGAACGUCGAAGCAGCCAUUCAAUCCCUCCCAAGCACAGGCACCCAAACACCCAGCACCGAGUCCGAAUCUCCUCUCGCGCCCUCCGCUGUCAACAACUCCGCACUAACCCAAUCCCCACUCCCAUCUUCACAUACAGGUGAAGAAUCCGCACAACCACUCGCCCUACCCGCACCCGUACAAACUAUCAGCGAAGACGCCAAACGGUUCCUCCAAAAGACCGGAGACACCAUUUCGAAACCGUUGAGCGCCAUUGGCAGGAUCUUCAACGAAGUGUUGGAUGGUGCAGAAGAAUCAUUGGCUAACCUUCCUGGACCGUUCGGACUUGCUGAAGAUCGGGAACGUGGGGUGCAUCCUCAGACCCCAGCAGCACCAGCAGGUGUGGGUGGUGGUUAUCCGGACCAGUUGCAGACUCCGUAUAGGCCUAGGAUACGGAGGUCGCCUCAAUCGUCACAGUCAUCUUUGAGGUAUGGAUCUCCGGGAGGUGGGUUGGAGGAGACGCCUAGUAGGGUACCAGCACCGGUACCGCGGCAAGCUGGUGGUGGACCAUAUCCGUAUACAAACCAACCACUCUCUAUGGGGCCUUCGCAAUCCGCGAAUCGACUUCAAGCACCUCGAGUACAAUCUCUGCAAUUGCAACAACAGCAGCAGCAAGGGCAACUGAUGCAAGGAGGAGGUUUCGGUUUGGGACAAUCACCUCAUGUUUCGAGGACGCCUACGCCGAAUUUGGACUUGGCGGGAUUACAGGAUGAGAUUGAUAGAGCACAUGAGAGUGCGGCGUCGGCUGCGAGGGAGACGUUGAGACAGAUCUUCCCGGGCAUGGAUGUGGAGGUUGUGGAGUGGGUUUUGGAGGCUAAUGAAGGUGACCUUGGGAGGAGUAUAGAGGCGUUGUUGGAGAUGAGUAGUGGGACGUAGGUUGAUUAAAUGCUGUCGUUGGCUACGUUGGCUACGUUAGGAGGGAUGGAGUGUGGGAUAGGCAGAGGAGGGUAGGUCUGGGUUCUAGAAUACAUUUCGUCGCACUGUACGUAACUUACAUUGAUUGAGUGUAUCAGCACGCUGAUUGUUGAACAGUGGCGAUAUGGAUAGAAUCGUGCCUGUUGAGAAUAUCAUAUUCGUCUUUAGCGUUUACGUUCAUAUCGGCCAUGGAAGAACGCCUGACUACUGUGACAGCCGCAUACACCUGGCGUUCGGUGCGUGUAUCAGUCGUUGAUCCUCAUUCCAGUAUCCGAAGGGAUCGGUUCAGGGCUCGGAAAGCGUACCAUAAACCGUCGAGAUUCGAAAGCACGAGCGACUGACUGCCCCAUGUCUCAGAACACAUUACUUAUCAGAAAUCUUCAUCGGAAACACUCCGGAGGCCUAGUUAUGAUAUGAGCGUCCUGAAAAGCAAGCUGGGAUUGUCAAUCACAAUCGAACGAUAGUACGAUUUGUCCUGAAUGGCGGAUAGGUAGUGGAACGACAUCGGUGAGCGUCAUUGAUAUGCCCGAGUACAAGCAGGGACAGCUUGGGAAACUGUAAUACACAGCUACAGAUAGCGACGAUCUCAUGACGCUGGGGUUCUCCUUGGUAUCCGGGAUGUGCAGAAGCACUGGCUGAGCGCCGAUAUUGUAUCUGUAUGAAAAGGGCAUUGAAACCGCGAUUCGAAGCAAGAGGGUUUGACUACCGAGACAUGAGGGGGGCCCGUAUACAGGGCUUGUUUCUCAAUGGAAGACAAAAACAUGCGUACGAUCCUGUUUACAAAUUGCGUUUAGCUGGCAUCAAAUAACAAAGGUGUAAGAGGACGUGCUUGCCUGAUCGAUGCGAUGCUCCCGGUAUGAUGGUGUUUUCAGUUCACAUCGCAGAGGCAGCACAUUCUGUCAAUUCGAGACGGUACUAGAGGACUGUUAGCAUAUAAAACAUCGUUCCAUAAUGGUGUAGUUAUUGUUCAAGGGGCGGAGCUUUGUAUAUGGUAUGGUCUUGUAGAGCAGCGCAUUCGAAAUUGAGC